AUGCGCGAGCUGGGCUGCCGAGCCUUGAAGGAGUUGGCGGCCUACAACGCGGAGAGCCAAGAGGACAUCUACAUGCGCGGGGGCAUCCAGGUGGUGCUUCGCGCGAUGGAGAGCCACAUGCAGCUCCCGAAUCUUCAGGUCAUGGGUUGCGGCGUGCUGCGGAAUCUCGCAGCCUGCAACUCCCAGCAGCAGCAAGCUGUCGUGUCUCGCGGAGGGGUCCAGGUCGUCCUCGACGCAAUGAAGAUGCACAUGGACCACUCGCUGAUGCAGUGGGCUGGAUGCUGGACCUUGUUCUGCCUCUGCGUGCACAAUGCGGAGAUGAGAUCAGAGGUCUUCGCUUAUGGCGCGGCCCGAGCAGCGCUCAAGGCGCUUGAAGCACACCGUGAGACGCGAGUGCAGGAAGCCGGCUGCUGGCUGCUGAAGGAGCUGGCCGAGCACAUUGCGAGUUGCAAAGAUCGGGCCACCUUCUCCGCCGCCAUCCAAGCGGCCCUGAAGGCAGUGGAAAAGUACCCUGGGAACCAGGCAGUCGAGAAAGCCGCCAGGGCGGCGUUGCAAAAGCUCUCGGCGUUCGACAAGGAGCACGAGGCAAGCUUCCUGGUCUGA